CAGAACCAAGGUCCGAGGAUGAUCCUCUCGACUUCACGGCUGAGAUCAGGAACACUUCAAAGGAAACUGACCAGGAUGAGCAAGAGAUCAGGAAAGUCGUGAAGAAGAGAAUCCUCAAUCAGUAUGAAGAGCAACUAAGAGGACAUGAAACCGACACAAAACUCUACGAGAUACAAGCUGUGGAAAACGCUAAAGCUAAAGCCCAACAAUUUAAUGAAUUAUUUCGUAACUCAAAGAAAAAGAAAGUGAGAACAGUGCUGAUGAAGGGAGUGGCAGGUGUUGGUAAAACAUUUCAAACGAAGUUGUUCAUGGUAGAUUGGGCAAAGGGAAAAUCCAACAAAGAGAUAGAUCUGAUAGUGUCAUUUCAUUUUGGUGCGCUGAAUUCAAGAAAAGAAGUUCAAAGCCUGAAAGAUCUGAUCUGUGAUUCCCUCGAUGACGAUAAACACAGAAUUGAUAACUACGACAUGCGUAAAGUAGCUUUUGUCCUUGAUGGCUUGGAGGAAUGUAAACUUCCUCUGGAUUUUGCAAAGAACGAGGACCUGACUGAUAUCGAAGACCCAGCCUCGAUUGAUGUGCUGCUGACUAACCUCAUCAAGGGGAAAUUGCUUCCCUCUGCUCUGCUCUGGAUCAUCUCUCAACCUUCAGGAGUUGACAAGAUUCCUUCUGAUUAUAUUGACAAAUUGACAGAAUGCCGAGAGACCUUAAAGCGAUGGGAGAAACUGACCUCAGCCCUGCGAGACAGAUUUCUUCGAGAAACCACUCAAGAAGAAGACGUAGAUCAUCCUAACCAGAAAAACACGGAACACGUCAUGAGAGAAGACCGAAGUGGUGAUGUCAAUGACGAAGAGAAAAUUGGACAUACUGAACCGAAAUCUGUGACACGAGUCAAAGCAGGAUCUGACAUCUUCAAAGAUACAAAAGGAAAAAAGAUCAGAACUGUGCUGACCACCGGAGAAGAUGGAAUUGGAAAAUCCUUCCAUGUGCAGAAAUUCAUAACAGAGUGGGCUAAAAAUGGCAAGAAGUCACAUUUCAGGCAUUACGUCAUAAUUCCACUUAACCUCUUUAAGAUGAAUUCGAUUAAAGAGGAACGAGUCAGUUUGAUGGGAGUUCUUAAUCAUUUAUACAAGGAAACUAAAACAUUUGUGAUCUCUAACUUUAAAGAUUUCAAAGUUUUAUUUGUCUUGGAUGGUUUGGAUGCUUAUCAACGUCCUCUUGACUUUGACAACAACGACACCUUGACUGACGUCAGAGAGCUAGCUUCUGUGGAUGUGCUACUGACAAACCUCAUCAGAGGAACACUGAUUCCUUCUGCCCAAAUCUGGAUAACCUCCCGACGGAAGUUGCCUGAUGCACGUGUCGAUAGGAUGACAGAAAUACGAUGGAAGCCUGAUGUUGCAAGUCAACAGAAGCUCAAAUCUCAGCUGAAGGAGCAAUUUUCCUAUGUGCAUGAGGGAAUCGAUGAAACCUCCACUCUUCUGAAUGAGAUCUACACAGAUCUCUACAUUAUAGAGGGAGAGAGGGGAGAGGUCAAUGUUCAGCAUGAGAGCCGACAAAUUCAAGAUGCAAAGUUCAAACCAGUGGGAGAAGAAACAUUGAUUAAAUAUCAUGACAUCUUUAAACCUGCAUCUGGAGAAAAUCUACCCAUUAGAACUGUGCUGACGAUGGGAUUGGCAGGCAUUGGAAAGACCUUUGCCACAAAGAAGUACAUGCUGGACUGGGCUGAGGGUAGGGCCAACGGGGACAUAUUUUUUAUGUUUCCACUUUCUUUUCGGGAACUGAAUUUGAGAAAAGAGCAAGAUCACAGCUUGGAGGAACUCCUUCAUCAGUUUUUUCCUGGUAUGAAGACAUCAGAAAUAAUGCACUAUGACCAGUACAGAACCCUGAUUGUCCUGGAUGGUCUUGAUGAAUGUCGCCUCGAUCUUGACUUAAAUAAAAGUAAACCUUGGACAGAAAUGAGAAAGCCAACCUCAAUCAAUGUUCUGCUGACUAACCUUAUCCACGGAAAUCUGCUUUCUAAAGCUCAAAUCUGGAUCACGUCCCGACCUGCAGCAUCUCACCAUAUCCCUGCUGAUAAAGUUGACCGGGUUACAGAGGUGCGAGGAUUUAAUGAUGAGCAGAAGGAGGAGUACUUCAGGAAGAGAUUCAGUGAUAAAGAUUUGGCUGAGAAAAUCUUGUCACAUGUUAGAAAAUGUAGGAGCAUUUACAUCAUGUGUCACAUCCCUGUCUUCUGUUGGAUCACGGCAAAAGUCCUGGAGGACUUUGUGAACAGAAACGAAGAAGGGAGGAUGCCCAAGACCAUGACUGACAUGUACAUAUACUUCCUUGUGUUACAGUGCAGACAGGCUACUGUGAAGUAUGGUGAAGAUGAGACAAUUGAGAAGUGCGAGACAGAUUCCUGCUGGAAUACAAGAAACAAGGAAACAAUCAUGUCUCUGGGAAAAUUGGCUUUUGAGGGGCUAAAGGAAGGAAACCUUCUAUACACCGAAGAGCACUUGACAGAGUGCGAAGUUGACAUCACAAAAACUGCUGUCUUCUCAGGAUUAUUCACUCGGAUCACAAAAGAAGGCUCUGGGCUGUACCAACAGAAAUUGUUUUGCUUUGUCCAUCUGAGCAUUCAAGAGUUCCUGGCAGCAUUUUAUGUCUUUCACACAUUCAAUAACACAGGUGAAAAUCUGCUUGCCAUGCCUUCUUCAACUGUUGGAGACUUCCCUGCAGACUUCUACAAGACAGCGGUGGACAAGGCUUUAGAUAGCAAAAAUGGAGAAUGGGAUCUGUUUCUCCGCUUCCUGUUAGGCCUGUCUCUGGAGACAAAUCAGAAUCUACUGCAAGAGCUGCUGAAGAAGAGAGAAGACAACAAGGACACUGCCAACAAGGAAACCAUUGGGUACAUCAAAGAAAAGAUUAGGGAAGAGAAUAGCGAUGCUGAUAAAAAUUGCAAUCUGUUCUACUGUCUGAAUGAGCUGAAUGACCACUCCCUUAUAGAAGAAGUGAAAACGUACCUGCAAUCAGAAACACUCACAUUCGAAACAUUCUCCGCUUCCCAGUGGUCAGCUCUGACUUUUGUGCUGCUGACAUCAGAUGAGAAACUCGACGUGUUUGUUCUGAAAAAGUACCUGAAAUCAGAGAAAGUUCUUCUGGGAAUGUUGCCGGUGGUUAAAGUCUCCAAAACUGCUCUGCUGAGCUGGUGUGAGCUCUCUGAGGAAUCCUGCAGAGGUCUUGCAUCCUCAGUUUUCCACUCCCCAUCCUGUAAUCUGACAAAUCUGGACCUGAGUCAUAACGACGUGCUGGAUACAGGUGUGCAGAUGCUUGCUGACGGCCUGCAGAGUCUACACUGUAAGCUGGAGAUUCUCAAUCUGUCAGGUUGUCAGGUGACAGAGAAAGGCUGCUCCUUCCUUGCCUCUGCUCUCAAGUCCAAACCGGCCUCCUCCCUGAAACAGCUGGAUCUGAGUUACAAUCACCCAGGAGCCGAUGGGGGGGCAAUGCUUUCUGCUAUAGCUGCAGAUCCAAAUAUGAGCCUGAAGACACUCUGUUUGGACUACGGUGGAGCGCAUCGGUUAAAGCCAGGGCUGAAGAAGUAUGGUGUUGAUCUGAAGUUUGAUGAAAGCACUGCAAGCAAGAGGCUUACUCUGUUUGAUGAAAACAGGAAAGCAAAAACUGUAGAAAAGAUAAAGGAGAAAGUGCAACGACCAGAAAACGACAACAGAUUUAAGAGGACUCAGAUGUUUUGUGAGGAGGGCCUAAAAGGCUUCUGCUACUGGGAGGUGGAAUGGGAAGGGGUGGUCGGCAUUGCAGUGGCAUAUAGAGCAGUGGGUAGAAGUUGGGACGGAAGUGGUGGCCUAGGAUGCAAUGAGAAGUCCUGGAGUCUGCUCUGCUCGAGGACUGGAUACACUGCCAUACAUGGGAAGACAUCCAAAGAUGUUAAGCCCAACGACGGGACAACGUCCAAAGAUGUUAAGCCCAAAGAAGGGAAGACAUCCAAAGAUGUUGAGCCCAACAACGGAAAGACAUCCAAAGAUGUUGAGCCCAACAAUGGAAAGACGUCCAAAGAUGUUGAGCCCAACAAUGGAAAGACGUCCAAAGAUGUUAAGCCCAAUGACGGAAAGACGUCCAAAGAUGUUAAGCCCAAUGACGGAAAGACGUCCAAAGAUGUUGAGCCCAACGACAGGAAGACGUCCAAAGAUGUUGAGCCCAACGACGGAAAGACGUCCAAAGAUGUUGAGCCCAACGACGGAAAAACAUCCAAAGAUGUUGAGCCCAACGACGGAAAGACGUCCAAAGAUGUUGAGCCCAACGACGGAAAGACAUCCAAAGAUGUUGAGCCCAACGACGGAAAGACGUCCAAAGAUGUUGAGCCCAACGACGGGAAGUUGUCCAAAGAUGUUAAGUCUAACAACAAGAAGACAUCCAAAGAUGUUAAGCCCAAUGACGGGAAGUUGUCCAAAGAUGUUAAGUCUAACAAGAAGAAGACAUCCAAAGAUGUUGAGCCCAACGACGGGAAGUUGUCCAAAGAUGUUAAGUCUAACAAGAAGAAGACAUCCAAAGAUGUUGAGCCUAAUGACAAGAGGACGUCCAAAGAUGUUAAGCCCAUCGGAGGGAAGACAUCAAAAGACGUUAAGUCCAAAGACAAAAUGCCCCUUUGUAAAAAAAUAGGAGUAUUUCUGGAUUGGGAAGCUGGUACUCUGACUUAUUACGAUGUCACACCUGAAAAGCAGUUUCUCAUACACACCUUCCAUGCCAAAUUCACAGAACCUCUCUUCCCAUGCUUCUGGUUUAAGAAGGGCUCUGUGACUUUGUGUGAGAUGAACUCGAUGCUCCACUCGAUGCUCCACACUAAAUUUCAAUAGAUUAGCAAAAACUUACCGGCAUCAUUUCAAUACCAUGAUGUGAAAUACUGAUAGGUUUAACAACCGGAGAUCGUUUCCUGCCCAAUGUUAAUACAUUGACUUUUAAAUAUAUAUUUUACUUGUUCUCAUUUUUUUGUCCGUUGUCUUUGCAUGCCAUAUAGGUACAUUUGUUUUUUUCACAAAUCUGUUAACUUGUAUAUUGUGUUCACAAAGCUAUUGAUACUGCAGAUGGCAACUAUUCAAACACUUUUCUUUGGUCACUUCACUCUGUACUCUUUGUGAGCUGAUCGAAGUUUCGAGUCAGAGCAGAAGGUACAAACAUACUUCAGACAUAUGAGCAUAUACAAUAUACAGUCAGGAGGAAAUGUACAGCAUUUGGUCAGCUUUACUCCUGUCUCUGAUGGAUUAUUUUUGCACUGAUAAAAUUUCAAGGAAAUUAGCUGCUUUUACAAUUCAAUAUGUCUCAUGUUAGAAUAAGUAAAUGUGGGUUGGACUGUAAUAAAUGUGGAACCUGUCAUAGAAGAGCUGUCUGUACGCUAACCCACAGACCACUGAACUACUUUCAUAAUGUAAUCACUUAUUUCUUUUUUAAAAUGUAAUGUAGAGCAUGUUAGAGGGACUUCAUUUUUGGACAAUGUGUCUAUAGUGGUAAAGAAUGUUUGAUAUGUAAACACAUUAUAUACUUACUUACUUAUAGUCCCUCAUUCUUUAGUACUUGCUGUCAUUUAUCUUCUCCCAAUUCAUUUUAGCUGAACGUCACAUUCCCCUGAGUUGAUUGGAGGCUCAUUCACAUCACCUGUUGUGCAGGAUGUGGUGAUUGGCUCCUAAUUAAGAAUUGAGAGCAGCUUGGUGCAUUUCCUGUCUUGGCCAAUCAGAAUAAGUCGACACCCUUUCGUUAGGGUAAGAGAAGUGGGGAACAUUCUGAUCAUUCCUCGACUCAAUGCAGAUCUCAUUUUAGCCAGAUACUCUGGUCUUUAGGCCCUUUUGAUACUUCCUUGCUGUCUUAUCUGUUGUAAUUGAGGGUUAUUUUCAGUGUUCUGAAACUAGCUGGAGUGAAUAUUUAAGAACACCUUUACUCUAAGUUACCUGCAUGAGGUCUAUUUGCACAAGAGUUUGUGCUUGCUUAAUGUUUGGAGGCGUUAUGUUAUCGUUUGUGUGUUGGUCAAUUUUUAUUGAGAUCCCUUUUUAUACACAUUUCAUUUUUAUCAACUGGGCAUUUUUUCAUUGUGAAGGCAAUUGUGAGACUUUUUUCUCCAAGUAAAUAUUUUUGUAUCAGCUCAGCUGAAAUCUGGGGCUUCGGUAUCGCCACAACGUAAUAUGGAAAUAUGCUAACUGAUGAGAUUCUGAUGCAAAGGCAUGGAAGAGAAAAAAUAAAUAAUUACAACUUCUCUAAAACAAUCUGACGUGUGUGUGUGUGUCUGUAUAUACCAUGCAUCCAAAUCUCAUUUAGUGCAUUAUUAUUAUAUUUAUUCUACAACAGACUCAAGAAUCCUUUCAAUGAAUAUGAUAAUAACUGCUCACACUUUUGGACAGUCCCUCCUGGAAGAAGUGUUGCACUUGUUUGCGCCUCUGCACAGCGGGCCAAUCGCAGUGUCUUCUUCUUUCUGCCCCAAGAAGACACUUCUCAUGUCUGUCUUCCUCACUCUGUCAGUUCAUUACUUGGCCAGGUCAUCGUCUCUUCAUCCAUGUCUCUUUCUCCCCCUCCGUAUUUCUCUUGUCUUUCUCAGAACAGUCUGUCGGACAUGAUUUAUUGACCUUUCCCUCCAUCUGAAUCCAAAUGACAAAGUGCCGCGCGUUUUGUUGUACUGUGUUAGGUAGUAGAGAGAGGAAUCCUGGUCCAUGGAGAGAUUUAAAUGGGUGAGUGAAAGCAACUGCCAUGUACAUUCUCCAGAUCCAGGAUGCGAGGUGAUAUUGAAACAGCACAUUUAGAUUGAGAGAUACGGCUAUAGGAAUCAUGAUUGAGCCUGAUGGGAGAAAUUAUUCCCAUUAAUCUCCUUCACAUUGUAGCGAAAAGAGGAACACUGAAAAAAGAGAAAAGACUGGUCCUUUCUGUAUGCAUUCAUUAUGUACUGUAGUUUAAUUGCUAUUUCUCAAAAUUAAGAAAUGGCAAUUAAUAUUUCACUCCAUUUAUCCUGUCUACUUUCAUCUGCGGGACUGCUACGGUUUAACAACACAACCACCGAUUUUGACACCAGUUUCCUUCGAAUAUUUUGGGAAACCAAUUUUAGCCUUCCUACAGCUAACCGUUCAGUCUCGAAACCAAACAUUGAGAAAAGGCAUGUCAAAUAUCCUGAACAUUAUUUAAACAUUUCAGCUCAUUAACAAACUGGUUCUUGUCCCGGGUCCCUAAACAUACAGGGUGGUGUGCUUCAAAUAGGCACAGGACCAACACACAUUUUGAUAUCAUAGAUUACAAAAGCAGUAAAAACUAUGUUUGAUUCCUACAACCAAGUGUGUGUGUGUGUAUGUGUGUGUGUGUGAGCAUCUCAAUGCAGGCGGUAAUGAAUUACACCCAUGAAG